UGUCCCAUGAAUCCAGCCAUUGCACUUGAAGAGUAGUCUCUUCUGACCACAAAAAAUACGCUAUAGUUAACAUAUUUAAAUUGUUACUCAGUAUAAUGUCUGCAUUAAUUAGAAGAAUUAUUAGUACAACCAAAGCUCCUGCUGCCAUUGGGCCGUACAGUCAAGCAGUGAUUGUGGACCGGACCAUGUAUAUCUCAGGACAGCUUGGCAUGGACCCUGUGAGCGGUCAGCUGGUCGAAGGUGGUGUCCAAGCUCAAACUAGACAGGCUCUUGUCAACAUGGGAGAAAUACUCAAAGCUGCAGGAUGUGGUUAUGAAAAUGUUGUGAAAACCACUGUACUCUUGGCUGAUAUGAAUGAUUUCACAAAUGUCAAUGAUGUUUACAAACAAUUCUUCAGCACCAACUUCCCUGCCCGAGCUGCUUACCAGGUUGCUGCUCUUCCCAGGAGUGGACUUGUUGAAAUUGAAGCCAUUGCGGUUUUGGGCCCCCUUACUGAUGCCUCAUAAUGUCCAUUAUUAAUUAUGCUGUCACUUUGAAAUAAAUGACAUUUUUCAUAAAUUA